AAUCCCCAACUCCCCGCCCAAUCCCUGCCCCUCCCUCUCCCUCUCCCGAACAAGGAAAGUAGAGGAUUCAGAUUCGGAUAGGCGAGUCAAGGCGUUUGUGUGAAAACUCUAUCUGUCUAAAAUAGAGAUGGGGAAGGUGUUCAGUCAGUAAGGCAAUCUCCGAUUGAACGCAUCCCUCGAAUUUGUCAAUUUCUUCUCGAAUAAGGAGAGGAGGCUUGAAGUAACCUUUCAAAAAGUCUCCCUCUCGGAGUCUCACUUACUCACACACGCAUACACACUUACUGAGAGGAGUUGACAGCGGAGACAUGAACGACCUCAACUUCAAACAAGACAAAGAAAUUGCGAAAGAUUUCCUCACAAACUUUGCAGGUCCAAACGGCGAGGCUAAAUACAUCAACAUCCUCCAAGAUGUUGCUAAUCGGAAAACUAAGGCCAUCCAGAUCGAGCUUGAAGACUUAAUUGAUUAUAAGGAUUUGGAUGAAGAAUUUUUGAGGCGAGUCACUGAAAAUACUCGGAGGUAUAUUGAUGUGUUUGCAAAUGCGAUUGAUGAACUACUGCCAGAGCCAACAGAGGUGCUUCUGGAUGACGACCAUGAUAUUCUGAUGACUCAAAGGGCGGAGGAAACAACUGAAAAUGGUGGUGGCUCUGAUCCGCAAAAGAAGAUGCCUCCAGAGAUCAGAAGAUUUUAUGAAGUUUAUAUUAGAGCAUCUUCAAAAGGGCGACCUUUCACGAUUAGGGAGGUCAAGGCUUCAUAUAUUGGGCAGCUUGUGCGAAUAUCUGGCAUUGUGACACGUCGCUCAGAUGUCAAACCGCUGAUGCAGGUGGCUGUCUAUACAUGUGAGGAGUGUGGAUUUGAAAUCUAUCAGGAGGUAACUGCUCGGGUUUAUAUGCCUCUAUUUGAUUGCCCAUCUGAACAAUGUAAAGUAAAUCAUGCUAAAGGCAACCUCAUCCCGCAGCUCAGAGCAUCUAAGUUUCUGAAGUUUCAGGAGGCAAAAAUUCAAGAACUAGCUGAACAUGUCCCUAAAGGUCACAUUCCUCGGACAAUGACUGUUCAUUUCAGGGGAGAGCUAACAAGGAAGGUUGCUCCUGGUGACAUUGUUGAGUUGUCAGGAAUAUUUCUUCCAAUCCCAUACACUGGAUUUAGGGCAAUGCGGGCUGGACUAAUUGCAGAUACAUACUUGGAAGCCAUGUCUGUCACCCAUUUCAAGAAAAAAUAUGAAGAAUACGAACUUAGAGGUGAUGAAGAAGAACAAAUUGCUUGCUUAGCCGAGGAUGGUGAUAUUUAUAACAAAUUGGCACGCUCCUUGGCCCCAGAAAUUUUUGGGCAUGAAGAUGUUAAAAAGGCCCUUCUUCUUCUCCUAGUUGGUGCUCCUCAUCGAAAAUUAAAGGAUGGGAUGAAGAUUAGAGGAGACAUACAUAUAUGCCUGAUGGGUGAUCCUGGUGUUGCAAAAAGUCAGCUUCUUAAACACAUAAUCAAUGUUGCACCUAGAGGUGUGUACACAACUGGAAAAGGAAGUAGUGGAGUUGGUCUGACUGCAGCUGUUCAGAAGGAUCCCGUGACAAAUGAAAUGGUUUUGGAAGGUGGAGCUCUGGUUCUAGCGGACAUGGGUAUAUGUGCCAUAGAUGAGUUUGAUAAAAUGGAUGAAUCAGACCGCACAUCAAUUCAUGAAGUAAUGGAGCAGCAAACUGUUAGUAUUGCUAAAGCUGGUAUCACUACAUCUCUGAAUGCACGGACUGCUGUCCUUGCUGCCGCUAAUCCAGCCUGGGGGAGGUAUGAUCUAAGGAGAACACCAGCAGAGAAUAUUAAUCUGCCUCCUGCCCUUCUAUCAAGAUUUGAUCUCCUGUGGUUGAUUCUUGACCGAGCAGAUAUGGAUACUGAUCUUGAAAUGGCCCGGCAUGUUCUCCAUGUCCACCAGGCCAAGGAAUCUCCAGACCUUGGAUUUACUCCCCUUGAACCUUCUGUCCUUAGAGCAUAUAUUUCGGCUGCAAGAAAACUGUCACCUGCUGUACCAAGGGAGUUGGAGGAAUAUAUAGCAAGUGCAUAUUCCAGUAUUAGGCAGGAAGAGGCGAAAUCAAACACUCCCCACUCUUAUACAACAGUUAGGACUCUCCUCAGCAUUCUUAGGAUAUCUGCGGCUCUGGCAAGACUCAGAUUCUCCGAAUAUGUUGCUCAGAGUGAUGUGGAUGAGGCACUUAGGCUAAUGCAAAUGUCGAAGUUUUCUUUGUAUUCAGAUGACCGCCAAAAAUCUGGUCUGGAUGCAAUUUCUGAUAUUUAUUCAAUCUUACGUGAUGAAGCUGCAAGAACUAACAGGAUGGAUGUGAGCUAUGCCCAUGCUCUCAACUGGAUUUCAAGAAAGGGAUAUAGUGAAGCUCAGCUGAAAGAAUGCUUGGAGGAAUAUGCAGCCUUGAACGUGUGGCAGAUCCAUCCCAACACAUUUGACAUCCGUUUCAUUGAUGCUUAAGACAGCUGCCACAUGCAAGAUCGUGUGGUCUUCUGCAGAUUGAAGCCAAAGACUUGGAUGUUUGCCUCCAAGGUGUAUAACUAAUGAUUGUAAUUCUGUGACAUUGUUAUCUAUUAGAACGAGUUAUAGGUGACAAGCUUAGCAACAUUCUGUAAUAGCUGUAGGCGAAUGAUUGUAAUGGUUUGAACUUGAUAGGCUGUUGAAGCACUGGUUCAUAUUCAUAUGCCCUGUGCAGUCCUUUUUCUAUUUUAUAAGCAUAAAAUUUGCUCAA